AUGGAAGAAAUGGCAGUGACAGAUCCGAGGGAUGGUAGAAGAGUGGCCUUGAAAAAACUGCCGAAUGUCUUUCAGAGCCUCGUGAGCAGCAAACGAGUCUUCAGGGAGUUGAAGAUGCUCUGCUUCUUCAAACACGAAAACGUUCUCUCGGCCCUGGACAUCCUUCAACCACCUCAUCUGGACUUCUUCCAAGAAAUAUACGUGAUCACGGAGCUGCUUCAGAGCGAUUUGCACAAGAUUAUCGUCAGCCCUCAGCAUCUAAGUCCAGACCACAUUAAGGUCUUCCUGUAUCAGAUCCUCAGAGGCCUCAAGUACCUUCACUCGGCCAGAAUCUUGCACAGGGACAUUAAGCCAGGGAACUUACUCGUGAACAGCAAUUGCGUGCUGAAGAUCUGCGACUUCGGUUUGGCCCGAGUGGAAGAACCGGAUCAGAACAAGCACAUGACCCAGGAAGUGGUGACGCAGUAUUAUCGCGCGCCGGAGAUCCUGAUGGGGGCGCGGCACUACACGGCCGCUGUGGACGUUUGGAGCGUCGGUUGCAUUUUCGGGGAACUCCUUCGCAGGAGGAUCCUUUUCCAGGCGCAGAGCCCUGUGCAACAGCUGGAACUGAUCACAGAAUUGCUGGGCACGCCAACCCUCGAGGACAUGAGGUUCGCGUGCGAGGGUGCGAGAUCCCACAUGCUGAGGCGCGCGCCGAAGCCACCCUCGUUGACGGCUCUCUACACCCUUAGCAGCCAGGCGACGCACGAGGCCGUCCAUUUGCUCUGCCAGAUGCUAGUCUUCGAUCCUGACAAGAGGAUCACGGUGGUGGAUGCACUGGCGCAUCCCUAUCUGGACGAAGGGAGACUGAGAUAUCACUCGUGCAUGUGCACGUGUUGUUACACGACCAGCGGCGGUUUGAGACAGUACACGGGUGAUUUCGAGCCGGCCACGUCGCAUCCGUUCGACGAUCUUUGGGAACGGAAGCUCACCACUGUGCAGCAGGUGAAAGAGGAAAUGCACAAAUUUAUAGCGGAACAGCUGAACACGUCGCGCGUGCCGCUCUGCAUAAAUCCGCAGUCCGCGGCGUUCAAGAGCUUCGCAAGAUUUAUCGAAGAAUUACCUGUAUGGAGUUUCGAUCAAUCGAUCCCACAUCCCGUGCACACAUCAUUAAUUGUACUUUCUCUUUCUCUUCCUAGCAACUUCCUCGAAUCUUUCAUCGAUCAUAGUGGAAAUCGUUCGAGAGCUCGGUGCAGAGAUCAUCAGGAGAUCGUCGAUCGUAUCCUCGAUUCUGUAUCUAUUGAAAGUGUCCGCCGUGUGAUAAAGGCGGGCUACCUGUAAUAUAUUAUUAUUAUUAUUAUCUCGCAACGAUAGGAGGCAAGAGUUGAUAUUUGUAGGUUAAAACAGAAAAAAGAAAAAAAAAUAGGGGAACGAAGUAGAAAAGGCUGAUCUCCGCCGUGUAAUUUUUGUAUUUUCGGGUAAGCGAGGCCGGCCGAGGAUUUAAUAAUAUAUGGUAAUUGUAAAACAGUACAACUUGCAUCGCGUUUAUUAAUACGAUUAGUAAUAGCGAUUACGAAUAACACUUGUAACAUAAGAGGAAAGCGGAUGGAGAAAUAUGGUUCGUCGGCGAUUUCCUGAUGAACUCUCUGAUUCUCAAAAGGAGAGAUUUAAGAGAGAUAUUUUUGAAAAAAACUUUUCUCGGAAGAUAUUUUGCACGAAAUUUCGAAUACGGGUGGAAGAGAAGAAAUUUUUCACGAUAAGAAUUCUCUGAUUAAAUAGAGAAGGAAUAAAAUUUUAAGGAAUCGACACGAGUCGUUUCUUCGAUCGAGAAUUUCCACGUGAAUUGUUGAUGAUAAAAGUUCGAGGUUGCUUUCUUCGAAAAUAUAUUCUUAGAAAACACGUGAUAAGACUCAAGACCAUCACGAUGGCGAUGUACUCAGAUGUAAAUAGAAACUGUAAGUAAUUUAAACAAAAAAAAAAAAAAACA